AUGGCGACAAAAGUUAUUCAGAGCUUGCUCAUCGAUGGAAGCUUCUGCGAAGGAGGUGGUCAGCUUCUCCGCAACACAGUAACAUUAUCUGCAUUGUUAUCGAAACCAGUAUCCAUCUGCAACGUUCGUCACAAUCGCAAACCUCCAGGCCUCAGAAAACAGCACGAGGCAGGCAUAAAGCUUGCAGCUGAAAUAUGUUCAGCUGACACUACUGGCGUUGCAGUUGCGUCAACCACUGUUGGCUUCAAGCCAGGGACCGUUCAUCUACCCAGUACGUUUUCUGCUGACCCGGGUACGGCCGCAUCAACAACGCUGCUCCUGCAAGUUUCCCUCCCUUGCCUACUAUUUUCCAGUAAUACAUCGGAACCUUCAUCAUUGGUCCUGCGAGGAGGAACAAAUGCUACACAAGCUCCUCAAGUGGAUUAUAUUCAGCAUGUAUUUCUUCCCUUCAUGCGAAAGAAAAUGGGACUGGAUGUUUCCCUGAAGAUAAACACACGAGGGUAUUUCCCGAAAGGUGGUGGAAAUGUAUAUUGUUCCAUCUCUCCAAUGAGUGGCCCUCUUCCUGCCAUUUCUUUGCUAGAACGUGGUGCAGUGACGGCUAUUCGCGGCGAAGCUCGUGUAGGAGGACUCCCAUUAAGUCUGGCAAAACGAAUGAAGGAAGCUGGGCAUCAAAAACUUGUUUCUAGUGGGAUACCUGCCGACAUCAUUCAGAUUGAUUCUGUUAGAGAGAAGGAAGGAGACGCAUUUGGAGCUGGCGGUGGGAUUGUGCUUUGGGCCGAAACAGAAGGUGGAUGCAUUAUCGGUGGUAGUGCUGUGAGCACCAAAACCAAAACUCCCGAGGAAGUUGGCCAGGGGGCUGCUGAAGAACUACUCUUGAACCUUGCCCAUGGGGGAUGCGUUGAUGAAUACCUGCAGGACCAAAUUAUCAUUUUUCUUGCUCUCGCAAAAGGUAAGUCCACAAUCAAGACAGGUCCAAUCACUAUGCAUACGAGAACUGCAGUUUGGGUUGCAGAGCAAAUGACAGGUGCUAAAUUUGCCCUGCAAGAGAACGAGUCAGACGCUACCAUCGUUUGCGAAGGAUCGGGAUAUUCGCCUCAAGCGUCAUAA